GUCCUACAUUUCAUACGUUUCCUAUAAUUAAUCCUCAUUUCCUUGUAACUGUUAGAACUUUUUCACUUAGUCCUAUACUGACCACCCAUAUAUACUGUCCCCGUUUCUAUAAGUGAAUCGGUGAGCGGCUGAGCGCCCAGGUUAAGAUCAAAAUGCCACCCGUAAAAUCAGUGUUGUGUUCGCAAUAUUUAGCCUCUUGACAUCAACGAACUGUCAGGUUUUCAUAAACAAACUUUGAAUUUACAAUUCUGUACGUAUAUCUAUAGUAAAACCGUGAUAAAUUCUAUCGAUUAGACGCCAAAUAUCAAACCAGAAAAUCGACGAUUCGAAGCGGUGUAUCGCCUGAAACAUGGAGAACAAUGCAUGUAAAUGAAUAUCAGUUGUUUUACGGUGUCUUUGAGCUCGUAAAGUUUAUGUUCAAGAGCUAUGUUAGAUGGGGAAGUUUGCGAUGCCGAUUCGUACUGUGAAAAUCAAGACAAUGAAAUUGAGUCCGGGGAAAAGACAGCUUGCAGUCAAAGCGAAGCGAGGAGUUUAACUAAAUCACAAGUGUUCUUUCUAAACGUUUCUUGGUUUGGCCUCAACGCCAUGUAUCUUGUCUUGUCUAUAGAAGUAUUCCCGAGUCAAGUACACGCUUUGGUCGGCUCUGAGGAUAAGGGGCAAGUAUUAGGAGCGAUGAUAGCGCUGGGCGCUGUUGUCACUUUUUUUGUGAGUCCUUUGAUUGGCAUGAAAAGUGACCGAUUGGUUUUCAAAUAUGGCCGCCGUCGGCCGUUCAUGGUCGCUGGCAUGUGCUUGCUUGUCAUAGCCUUGUACGGGAUGGCAUUUAGCGCGCCGUACGUGGAAAACGAGAAGGGAAAUUCGACUUGUUCAAUAGGACUUGAGCUCAAAAGAUGCCUACCGUAUUUAAACCUCAGCGUUCUCGAGAAGGAAAGCAACAACAACAGCGCUGACGUGGACGUUUUGCUAAAUAUUUUAUCGCAAAAAGAUACAGAGGGAAACGUUGUUAUGUAUGUUGUAUUUUACACAAUGGUGAUGGCGUGUUAUGCGCUUGUUAGCGUACCGUACAACGGUCUUAUAGCUGAUCUAACUCCGCCACAACAACGAGGCUUUAGCUCGGGGGUCAUGGGAGCAAUGACUUUGGCGGGAAACAUAACGGGUGCUGCUAUUGGUCUAUUCUUUUUCCGCCUCGGGGUGGUUGGGAUUUACUCAUUGGUCUGUUUCAUAUUCGUCAUUUGCGUUUUGAUAACGGUAUUUUGUAGCUCGGAGCUACCGUUGACUGAACAACCAGAGCAUCUGGGUUUCAAAGGCCUAUUCCUAGCGUAUUGGGAACCUUUAAAAGACGCCGAUUUUCGAUGGGUCUUCAUGACCAGAUUUCUAAUGCAACAGGGUGUUGCCACGGUGACGGGUUUCCUGGAAUUUUGGCUAAACGACAUGGUGAGCUUACCGCACUGUUGGUCCCCGGAGAGGUCGGUAGCACUUAUCCUUUUGCCAUUGCUGUUGGCAGCGGCAGGGAUUUCUAUCAUUGCUGGGUUCCUGUCAGACGCUUUGCAAAGACGCAAGCCUUUAGUGACGGGUUCGGCAAUCCUCAUGUCCAUAUGCGCGUUGAUAUUCGCUUGCCUAAAAGGCAAGUACGCGUUUUACGCCUCCAUACCAGUGGCAGUCGCUUUUGGGAUCGGGUUCGGCGCGUAUUGCGCGAUAGAUUUCGCCUUGGUCAUGGACGUUUUGCCGGAAGAUAAGGACAAGGCAAAAGACCUCGCUGUUUGGCAUCAAGCCCUUGUACUUCCACAAGCUGUUGCCACGCCAAUAGGUGGAAUCAUUUUAGAUGUUUUUGAAAGAUACGAUUGUCAUAUGGGUCUGGGGUACAUCAUUCUCUUCACGGUGACCUCUUUUUACUUCGCUCUAAGUGGGAUAUUUGUUAUAAAAAUUAAAAAAGCGAAGUAAGAGGCCACUUUUUCAUACGAUGCAGUGCUUUGCAGCCUUCGUACAACUGGUCGUAGUAAACCAAUUUUGUAUACUCUGAAUUUGAUUAUCAAUAGCAUUGAUUUUUGCUAGGACAACCGGCAAACAGGCAUGGUGCCAGUUUGCAGUAGAUAGUCCCAUGAGUGUGUUUUAAUAUGUCUUUUUUUUCAAGUUAACUUCCGUUUUUAUAUUAAACAUGUACAAACGCA